AUGGCUCUACAAUCAUCACGGGAAGCGUGCGAAUCGCGAAUGUUGGCAACAAGUGCACAACUCAAUCACCCAUUCAAUGUUUUUAUUUCAUCCAAUAAUGAAGUUUAUAUUGCAGAUUUCUGUAAUCAUAGAGUUAGAAAAAUUCUCACGAAUGGAAUGAUCACAACGAUUGCAGGAAAUGGAACUCAAGGAUACAACGGAGACAAUCAAUUGGCAACAAAUGCACAACUCAAUGGUCCAAGCAGUGUUUUUGUUUCAUCCAAUAAUGAAGUGUAUAUUGCAGAGUACUGUAAUCAUAGAAUUAGAAAAAUUCUCACGAAUGGAAUGAUCACAAUGAUUGCAGGAAAUGGAACUGGAGGAUACAAUGGAGACAAUCAAUUGGCAAAAAAUGCACAACUCAACUUUCCAAUCAGUGUUUUUGUUUCAUCCAAUAAUGAAAUUUUUAUUGCAGAUUACUAUAAUCAUAGAAUUAGAAAAAUUCUCACGAAUGGAAUGAUCACAACGAUUGCUGGAAAUGGAACUCAAGGAUACAAUGGAGACAAUCAAUUGGCAAAAAAUGCACAACUCAACUUUCCAAUCAGUGUUUUUGUUUCAUCCAAUAAUGAAAUUUUUAUUGCAGAUACCUCUAAUCAUAGAAUUAGAAAAAUUCUCACGAAUGGAAUGAUCACAACGAUUGCAGGAAAUGGAACUGGAGGAUACAAUGGAGACAAUCAAUUGGCAAAAAAUGCACAACUCAAUGGUCCAAGCAGUGUUUUUGUUUCAUCCAAUAAUGAAGUUUAUAUUGCAGAUUCCAAAAAUUAUAGAAUUAGAAAAAUUCUCACGAAUGGAAUGAUCACAACGAUUGCUGGAAAUGGAACUCAAGGAUACAACGGAGAUAGUACCCACCAACCAUCACUGUCACAUUUCUCUCCUUUCAUUUCACAUAUAUCGAAACAUGAAAGAGACAUGAUUCCCAACACCAAACUCAUUGUUUUUCAACCACUUUUUGAAAAACUUUAUCCUCAUUUUCAUUCCACAAUUCUGAAAGAUUUGAAUUUGCUUUCGUCCAUGUCUUGUCAUGAACAUGAAUCCAUUCAACAUUUCAUUGAUCUUGUUUUAUAUGACCCAGAUAAGGUUGAGGAACCAAAAGAUAGAAAUGAAUUACUGGAACAGCUGUACAUUCUGGGACUCGCCCGGGGUGAUUUUAUGAAAUGGAAAAAUGAUUAUAUUUCCAUAUUAUUAGAGAAACACAUUACAUCUGACAAUGUCAUUGACACACUAUUGACAAUUGAACAGUUCUUGACAAAAAAACCCUCUCAUUCGAUCAUGUCCAAGUUAAAGAAUUAUUGUUUGGAAUUUAUUCAAAUGAAAUUACGAGAAGGAUGCCGCCUCUAUGAAGAUGAGAGAAUGAUGACUUUCAGUGUUGAGAUUUUCAAACGUGCUUCCAUCACUUCACUCACUCCAAUUAUUCUCGAAGACGAAAAUGAAACCUCAUUGACUCCACAACAAGCAUUUGAGAAAUUGUGGAAUGACAAGGGUACAAGUGAUGUCCGCAUCAAACUCUCCCACAAGAACAACAAUUCAUUUAUAUAUGCUCACAGAACCAUCUUGGCUUCCCGUGGAAAACUUUUUGAAGCAAUGUUUAACAGUGGAUCCCAGUCACAAGAUCUUUAUUACGACACAGAGGAACUUAUUUUCACACUCGUACCCCCCACACCUCAGGAUGCAAUUAGUUUGGAAUAUAUUGUCAAAUAUUGUUAUAAUCAAUUGGAACAAAUUGAACCAGAACAUGCCAUUUCACUCAUCUUGACAGCAUCCAUGAAUGAAAUGCCAGAAUUAGUUUCUCUCGCAUUUGCAGCCAUUCAAAUUGAUUGCGAUAAUUAUUUUGAAAUUGCAAAUUCAUUGGAUUUUGAAAAUGAUUUAUUUUCAGAUGUCAUUCAAAACAUGAUUGAUUUUGGAGUGCAUCACAGGCAUGAGUUAUUCAAGGAAGCUGCAACUGUUCACCAAUUACCUCUUCCUCUUUUGCACAAACUAUUUGUCAAGCUCGCAAACAUGUAA